AUGAACAUCCCAACUGCUGUGGUCAUUGAAACUCCGGUGGGGCGCACGGCCCAGGCCGCCAUACUUGAUCAUCUUAUCGAUUCCAUGUCAUCUCGUGUCAUAUCCCACUCGCGGAUUUCGCAACAACAACAGGCGGAAGGACAAACAGAAGCCUCGAGAGAGCCCCAUUCACAUGUUCGGAACACCGCGUCUUCGGGAAACUCUCAACGUUCCCCUUCUUCUCUUCUCACUGGUCUUCUACCUAGUCGUCACGGGGAUACUUUCCUGCCCUGUAACUCGCGUCACUUUUCUGGGACUCCAGCUAGCGCUUUUCACAUCCCCGUCCGUCGCAGGCGCUCCUACGUUGGUUCUGCAUCGGGUGGUGGGGCCUCCACACCUCGAAGGCAAUCUAUCGGUACCGCGGCCCGCCGGGGCAGAUCGGCCGGCGCUCAAAUCGGUACAAACUCAACAACCAGUGUCCAGGCUCCUUCAUCCACCACAUCGACUUACACAUCACGGCCACCUUACCAAAGUUUUUUGCGCUCAAUGGCCACCGCAGUCAGCUCUAGUGGUGUUAAUGCGGAACUUUUCAACAGAGCCAUUGGUGAUGUAACUAAUCAAUUAACGCAGUUGGUUGCCCAUGGCAUUGGCUCGGGUUUCAGUGCAGCCACCGCUUCUACCGCUGGCUCCACCACGGUCGGACCCUUCACCUGGAUAAUUAAUAAUCCCCAAAACGGAGGUGUUCAGUUCAUUCCACCACCACAAUUCUUCUUCCAUUCGACGACCGGUGGCGGCGCAUCACAAUCAGGACCGGGUGUACGAUUUUCCAUGCUUCCUGGCCUCUUGGUUGACAGUCUCAUUCGAUCCAUGUGGUCCUUCAUUAUCGAAUUAGCGCGAGGCCAACUUUCGCCGGAAUCAUUACGUAAGCAAAUUUCACAGUCUAUUGUUUAUGUUCUGCUCUAA